AUGGACAAAGUGGAAUCGCAUGGUGCUGACAAAUGUAUGUGCAGUUGUGCCAUGUGUAGGCUCACGUGCUACAUUUCUGCUGCGUACGGAAACCAGAGAAGGGCAUCUACACAUGUGUUGCUUGCUCGCCCAUCGCCUUUUUACGCGGCAACAGGAGGCAUGCCUCCGCCAUUACAACCAUUGGAUGCGACCCCUCACCAGCAUGAGACGCGUGUGUGUCCAGUUUACGAGUCCUACGGUUUUUGUCCUUUUGUUAGCGUCUGUUUUUUACCUCAUGUUGCUGGCGCUGAACCCCUAGUGAAGCCAGCGACCAACGCUAACGAAGAAUUUGACCGUCUUGUCGCAAAGGUACGUGUGGAGGAGGAUCAGGAAAUAUGGAGCUGUGCUGUAUGCGGUUAUGACGGCAUCGAUGAGAAUAGUCAAAGUAAGGUUGGCGAAAUGUACUACUACCGUCAGUGCCCUUGUUGCUCCUUGAUGUGCUACUUUCCACAUCUCGUGUAUUUAGUUGAGGCUGUGCUUCAAGAAAGUGGUGAUGACUACCAGACGUAUAAAACCGUGAUUGAUCGUUAUCGAGAGGCAAUACCUGAUAUAUUAAAGAUACCCCUCACAUACGAAGCGCACCGUAUCGCCUCUAUGGCGUUUGCCUGGAGUCUAGUUUCACCUAAGUGCGUGAAAGAUGCACUGGAUGCUGCGUAUAGAGCGCUACCUGAGAUGAGCGCACUUGUUAGCAUUGGUAGUGGCACCGGCUACAUAGAGCACAUCUUCAACCGAGUUGCAAAUGGGGUGGCGGCUGUUCCAAAGGAUCCGGAUCCAUCGCUGGGUCCUUCCUCCUUUGAAGGUGUACAUGCCUCUUUUUAUCCACAUAAAAAAUUGCCUAUCUUUGCCUUUGAUGAAGUUGCAUUAAACUGUCCCUACAGUGUUGCGGUUUCACUAGGUGGCCCAGCGUCGCUUCUCUCUCUGAAAUGCUCGACAUCCGUUUUGCUUUUGUGUUGGCCGCCUUUUGGUUCACCUCAAGAGGAGCAAAGUUCUAUGGGCUUUGAGGCGCUGGAGUACUUUACACAGGCAGGUGGACAGAUUGUAAUCUACAUUGGAGACGUGGCAUCCACAGGGGACUGGCGUUUUCACGAGCUACUCUACACGCAUUACAAGCUCCUCAAGGAUUACCCGGUUCGUCGUGAGCUCCGUCGAUGGUACCCUCAAGAAAUGGGUCUUAUUUACGCAGGAAACGACACCAUCGGUGUAUACAAAGUGAGAAACCAACCAUUACCUUCUCCACAGUGGCAAUGGGGAAACUGCACUGCUUGA